GGCUGCAGCCUUAGGCUUGCUCCGGUAUUGCACCCGCCUGCCCCUCUGCUGCUUCUUCCCCCUCAGUCCAGCUUCUGCAGCAGCCUCAACCGCUUCCGUUUCUGCCUCCAUCUUAGCCCCCGCCGGUGCCCACGUCUCAACCAACUGCCAUCUACUCCACUUCGGUGAGUCUUUUCCUGUGAAAAAGCUAAUGAUGGAAGGGCUUGGGGAACAGGGUGCAGCCGGUGAAGAAGGCCCAUUAAUCGGCGCGGUGGCAGCCGAAUCCUCUCCACAGACCUUGAUGGGGUACUCCUUAGACGAGGGCUUUACUGAGAGCCUGCCUCUGGCAGUUAAGUACCGAGUGUACACUCUUAAAAAGCUUCAGGCCAAAUCCGCAGGCCUAGAAACCAAGUACCUGAGGGAAUUUCAUUCCAUCGAGAGGAAAUUUGCCGGCAUCUAUUGGCCCUUGUUGGAAAGGAGACACCAGAUCAUCAAUGUGCUCUACGAGCCCACGAAAGAGGAGUGUGAGGUGAAGUCCAAGGCGGAGGACUAUGAUUAUAAUGAGGUGGAAGAUUAUUCUAAUGCUCAGAUGCAGGGUCCGGAAGAGAAUCCGGAGUAUGAGGACUUGGAGGAAUAUUGCGAGGAAGAUUUAGAGGAUGUGGAGGAGGUGUUUGGGGAGUAUGGAGGAAUCGAGGGACAUAAUGUGGACGAAGAGAAAGAGGAGCCUACAGGGAUCCCCGAUUUCUGGCUCACAGUUUUAAAGAACGGCGACGAGAUCUCUCCAUUGAUUCAGAAAUAUGACGAGCCCAUUCUGAAGCUCUUACAAGACGUGAAAGUCAAGUUUUCAAAACCCGACGAGCCACUCGCCUUCACUCUGGAAUUUCACUUUGAACCCAACGACUACUUCACAAAUGAGGUGCUGACCAAAACUUAUACGCUCAAGUCUAAGCUCCAUUACUCUGACCCCCACCCCUUUAGGGGAUCUGCGGUGGAGCAUUGCAUAGGCUGCAAGAUAGACCGGAAGGAGGGAAGGAACGUCAGUGUGCAAACGGUCCUGAAGAAGCAGAGGCACAGGUUUUGGGGACUGAUGCGCACAGUGACCCAGGAAUUUCCCCGAGAGUCCUUCUUCAACUUCUUCAGUGCUCUCUGGUGGGGUCUGGAUGCCGAUGAAGAUGAGGAAGACGUCUUCUUUGCUCACACUUUGCGCACCUUUGUGAUCCCUAGAACUGUGCUGUACUUCACAGGAGAAGCACUUGAGACUGAGAAAGAGGGGGUGAUCAGGGAAUGUAAUGAGCUGGCUUAUGACAAAGUCACUCAUGAGAACGGGUUGGCUGCUGUUGAGGGUGCUAAAGGCCAAAGCCUGGACCCCCAGGCAGAAGAUAUUGAUCGCUGAAGCAGGGAGGUUGGUGUAUGUGGGCCCCCAGGUUAAGAGCCUGCCUGUGUUUACAGUAACCAAAACUUAACCAUAAAUUACUUACAGUCUUAAAGUGUUGUCUCUUCCUGGUACUCUCACUAUAAAACUAUGUCCAAAUAUAUAUAUAUAUUUUAUUUUUUUAAUCCAAAUAUAUUUAACAAUGCAUUCCAUCUAGCACUCCAGUAAUGUAAACUUUUUAAAGAAAUGUAGAAGGCAGUGAAUUCUUUAACCAUACGUAAACCUUGUUAUUGUGAAUUCAUGGCUUUUGUCAGGUUGCUGUUAGUUUCUAGCCAUGAAAAAUUACCAGAACUGAUAACUGAGAUAUAUGUGUUUGGAGAUUUUUUUUCCCCUGGAAAAAGCAAAGCGAGAUUGCCUCUGUUCCCCAGCCUUAUUGGUGAAUGGGCUUUAUUCUGUUUGCACUAACGGUGCCUUCAACUCUUUGUUAUAGAAAUGCAGCAAGUUAUAUUAAAAUGCACUUGAUUUGUAAUUUGAGAAACUACUAGCAUAAGAAUAAACAUUUGCUGCAAAACUACAUUUAUUAUUAUUGACUGUUAACUUGUUUAUAGGCUCCUGUAUUUUAUGUGAUAUAGUGAUCUACUCAGAAACCCAGCUGUAUUAUUGUUUAUCAGUGAGGUAUAGUUAAAACCAUGUUCCCUAAAUCCAUAAAUUGUGCCAUGUACUUCUGCAAAGUGGGGUUAAAGUAUG